UAGUUAGCGAUUUCCCUUUGCCGAUUUGGCGAUUCACCUGCUGCUGAGGCUGCGAAUCAUCGCCCAACUGUUUAUACCGGCGGCCGCUUCUUUGUCUUUUGCACAGAUUAACGACUAUAGAAAGUGAAAAGGGUUUUAGCUCAUGAUGGAGCUGAAGCUGCUAACUGCCGCUGAUGUCCCACCUCCUCUAUCAGUGAUUGCCGUAUCAACACUUGCAGGUGUUUCGCUCACUGUUGAGUCCACUCUCACGUCUGCCUCUCCACCUGUUCUUGUCCUGCCCAACGGGCUGAAGUUACAUGGAACAAAUGUACUUCUUCGGUAUCUUGGCCGUACAACCACCAUCAUUCCCAGCUUGUACCAGGGAGAUGCCUUUGAAAUUGGGCAGAUUGAUGAGUGGCUCGAGUAUGCCCCUAUUUUUUCUUCUGGUUCUGAAUAUGAGGGGGCAUGUAAGUAUGUUGAUGGAUAUUUACUGCAGCGCACUUUCUUGGUUGGUCAUAGCUUAUCAAUUGCAGAUAUGGCUGUCUGGUCAUAUCUUGCAGGUGCUGGUAAGAGAUGGGAAAGUUUAAUGAAGUCAAAGAAGUACCAAAACUUGGUACGGUGGUACAACAUGAUUUCUUCAGAGCAUGCUGCUGUCUUGGAUGAAAUAACUGCAACAUAUACAAAGAAAAAGGACAUGGGAAAGUCCAUAUCUACCAAAACAAAAGAAGGCGAACAACAUAAUAACAAACAGAUUGUUAACGGAAAUGUUAACGAAAGUGGGAAAGUCACCAGCCGACCUGAAGUAGAUCUGCCGGAUGCAGAGAUGGGAAAAGUUUGCUUGAGGUUUGCACCCGAACCAAGCGGUUAUCUUCACAUUGGCCAUUCAAAGGCUGCCUUGAUGAAUCAGUAUUUUGCGCAGCGGUACAAUGGGAAAGUAAUUGUGCGCUUUGAUGAUACAAAUCCCUCCAAGGAGAGUAGUGAAUUUGUGGAUAAUCUUUUGAUAGAUAUCAAGACUCUGGGCAUAAAUUACGAAAAAGUUACGUAUACUUCUGAUUACUUUCCGCAGCUCAUGGAAAUGGCGGAGAAGCUGAUGAGAGAGGGCAAGGCAUAUAUCGAUGAUACCCCACGUGAACAAAUGCAGAAAGAAAGGAUGGACGGAAUUGAUUCCAAGUGUAGGAACAACAGCCUCGAUGAAAACAUUAAGUUAUGGAAGGAGAUGAUUGCUGGAUCUGAAAGAGGACUACAAUGUUGUUUGCGAGGGAAGUUGGACAUGCAAGACCCAAACAAAUCACUUCGGGAUCCCGUAUACUAUCGUUGCAAUCCAAUCCCACAUCAUAGAAUCGGGUCUAAAUAUAAAAUAUAUCCAACAUAUGAUUUUGCAUGUCCUUUUGUUGAUUCUAUUGAAGGUAUUACCCAUGCACUUCGAUCUAGUGAGUAUCAUGACCGCAAUGCUCAAUAUUACCGGAUCCAAGAGGAUAUGGGUCUUAGGAAGGUUCAUAUAUAUGAAUUCAGCCGGUUAAAUAUGGUUUAUACACUUCUAAGCAAACGCAAACUACUAUGGUUUGUUCAAAACGGAAAGGUUGAUGGGUGGGAUGAUGCUCGUUUCCCAACUGUCCAAGGAAUUGUGCGCAGAGGUCUACAGAUCGAGGCGUUGAUACAAUUCAUACUUGAACAAGGUGCAUCAAAGAAUCUGAAUCUUAUGGAAUGGGAUAAGCUCUGGAACAUCAACAAGAAAAUAAUCGAUCCUGUUUGUCCCAGACAUACCGCAGUUGUUGAAGAAGGUCGUGUGUUGUUGACUCUGUUGGAUGGGCCGGAACAUCCGUUCGUACGUGUAAUACCGAAGCAUAAGAAAUAUGAGGGAGCUGGGGAAAAGGCGACCACUUUUACAAAGAAAAUUUGGAUUGAACAAACUGAUGCCAAAUCCAUAUCAGCUAACGAAGAGAUUACAUUAAUGGAUUGGGGAAAUGCAGUCGUUAAAGAAAUCAAGAAUGGCCCAGAUGGUACUGUGACGGAACUAAUUGGGGUUUUGCAUCUCCAAGGAUCUGUUAAAACCACGAAGCUAAAACUUACGUGGUUACCUGAGAUUAACGAACUUGUUCCACUAACUCUGGUGGAGUUUGGUUAUCUAAUCACGAAAAAGAAGGUGGAGGAAGAUGAGGACUUUGUUGAUGUGGUGAACACAGAGACUAAGAAGGAGAUUGCAGCAGUUGGGGAUUCUAAUAUGAGGAAUUUGAAGCUUGGAGACAUACUGCAGCUGGAGAGGAAAGGCUACUUCAGAUGUGAUGCUCCUUUCAUUCGACCUUCAAAACCUAUUGUACUCUACGCCAUUCCAGAUGGCAGGCAAACCGCAACCAAGUAAGUCGGUUUCCACCUCCUUUCCGGAUGUUGUUUGUUAGUAACAUAUAUGAUUUUGAAACCAAAUUAUGAUUAUGAUUGUGAUUUUGUUUCGUUUAAUAUUACUAGUUUUUUCUAUAUUCUUGGAUUCUAUGCGUCUCAUUCCCUGUUUUAGAAAGGAUUUCAAGCGAAUAAUGAAUCAGGAGUAUUUGGUUAAA